AAGUCACUCCACUCCAUGUUUUGCCCUGCCCUUGUGCGCUCUGCUCGCUGUGCGGCGCGUGCGUCUCCGCUGCGUUCCGCUCCCCUCACACACCGACUGUCAGAAAGACAGGGCAGCUGUGUGCGCGCGCCACGGAGAAGAGAGAAGUUGUUGGCACACUGAAGAACCGGGCUGCUUCUUCAGGAGGAUUUCUUCCAGCUCGGACUAGUUUCUCUCGUUUUUUUCUUAUGGUACCUUUUCGAAGAGGAAGAUGAGGUGGACGCAUCCAAAGUGAGGAGUUUUAUAUAUAUUUUUCUUUUUUAUAUACAUAUCAACAUCUGGACUCGAGAGAUCCUUUCAAUCAUCCACCUGGAUUUGUUUUUAUUCCAACGGCGUUUCUCUGAGAAAUCUAGAUUUUUACGGCCACAUCGUUGGAAGGAUUUCACUGAUGUAUGCGAUGUGGAGACUGCAGGUCUUCUGUACUCUGUCGGUGCUGUCCCUGUCAUCAGCUGCUGAGAGCAAAGCGCGGAGCUGUAGCGACGUUAGACAAGCUUACAGCGCCAAAGGCUUCAGCCUCCUCCAUGUACCUCAUCAGGAAAUAUCAGGUGAGCACCUCCGUGUCUGUCCUCAGGGAUACACCUGCUGCACGUCUGAGAUGGAGGACAAACUCAACCAGCAGAGCAAACUGGAGUUUGAACAUUUGGUGGAAAAGAACAGCAGCAACAUGAGGAUGACAUUUGUCUCCAGACAUAAACAGUUUGAUGAGUUUUUCUUGGAGCUGCUGGACAACUCUGAAAAAUCUCUGAACAGCAUGUUCACAAAGACGUACGGGAAGCUGUACAUGCAGAACUCUGAGGUGUUUCAGGACCUUUUCACCGAGCUGAAGCGCUACUACACGGGAGGCAACGUGAACCUGGAGGAGAUGCUGAACGACUUCUGGUCCAAGCUGCUGGAGCGCAUGUUCCAGUUACUCAACUCGCAGUACCACUUCACAGACGACUACCUGGAGUGUGUCACCAAAUACGGGGACCAGUUAAAGCCCUUUGGAGACGUGCCCAGGAAACUAAAGGCUCAGGUCACUAGAGCGUUUAUAGCUGCACGGACGUUUGUCCAGGGGCUAAUGGUGGGCCGGGAGGUCGCCAACAGGGUCGCUAAGGUGAAUGUAGUUCCAGCGUGUGUCAAAGCCUUGACCAAGAUGCUGUACUGUCCAUACUGCCGCAGCAUGCCCGGGCUGAAACCCUGCCACAACUACUGUCACAACGUUAUGAGAGGCUGCCUGGCAAACCAGGCAGACCUGGACACAGAAUGGAACCGUUUCAUAGACGCCAUGCUGCUGGUCGCAGACAGACUGGUGGGUCCUUCKAACAUUGAAGCCGUUAUUGAACCAAUCGACGUUAAGAUCUCUGAGGCCAUCAUGAUCAUGCAGGACAACAGCAUGCAAGUCUCAGCAAAGGUGUUUCAAGGGUGCGGGCAGCCGAAGCCGUCAGGACUCGGCAGGUCCACACGAGGCAUCUCGGAUGUGUUUAGUGGCCGCUUCCGGCCYUAUACCCCUGAACAGAGACCAACCACAGCAACUGGAACGAGCCUGGAUAGACUGGUGACUGACAUCAAAGAGAAGCUCAAAGAGUCCAGGGGGUUCUGGUCCAAAUUGCCAGAUGACAUCUGUGCCAAAGGCAAUCUGACAGAGUCUGAUGAGGAGCAGUGUUGGAACAGCCACACAAAGGGCAGAUACUUCCCAGAAGUGGUAAAGGAGGGUCUAACCAACCAGGUGAACAACCCCGAGGUGGACAUGGACAUCACCAGACCGGACACGCUGAUUCGACAACAGAUCAUGGCUCUACGAGUCAUGACCAACAAGCUCAACUAUGCCUACAUUGGAAAUGACAUCUACUUCCAGGACUCCAGUGACGAGGGCAGCACGUCCGGCAGCGGCAGCGACUGCUCUGACGGAUGCACGACAGAGYUGGUUUACGUCGCGACCGAAGCUCCUGUGAUCGGAGCCGACCGGAGCAACGAGCGCGCCGCAGCGGCGGCUCCGAGCGAGUCGCACUCCUGCGGACCCUCCAAGCUYCUGGUGAUGGCCUCCUUCGCGCUCCCACUUUGGGCACUGCAGACUCAGUGGAGAUAAUACAGUGCGGCCCGAUCACUGACUUUAAUACUGUUACGUAACAGUAUGUUUUACAGCAAAUCAUACGGCUGUUCCCUCACUGGACAUGUAGAACCUCCUGGAAACGUGUGGAGAACGGUUGAUUGGAUGGUUAAAGUAGGGCUGGAAGUGAGUGCAGUGCUGCAUCCUGCUUGUCGCCCGUCCCUCCUCUUCCCCAAAGAAUGCUCUGUGCCAUCAGUGAGCCAGCUUUCACAUCUCUGAAAAAAAAAGAAAAGUGGUGUUUUCACAUUAAUCUAAAGUGGGCUUCUUUUGUUGGUGAUGAAAUGGUCGUGAGGUGGUUCGUGUCAGUGAGUUUUCACAUGAAGGGGAAAUGAUUUUCCUUUGUGUGAUAAAGAGAAAAGAAGACGCCCUUUCUUUUCAUUUAAGUUCCCCCCCAUCAGACGAAAUAAGCAGAGUUUUACUGUGUGCAUGCAUGGAUGUGAUGUAAAAGAUGAUAUAUUUUUAGUUAUUUAUUCCUUUAGUUUUUGUUUCCUCUCCGUAGGCUGCACCGUUUUUGGGAUCCGUUGGCGUAGGACAGUCCGGCACUAGCAGUUUAUUUGUCUUUGGUGGUGUGAUGGUGGCUUCGGGGGUGGGGGGCAGGAGGUCUGACAGCCACUUUACUGUUGCACAUUUGAUUGUCUCUACAGAAGUGCUCAUGUACUGCACUAAGAAAAACUACUUUGCACAGAUUAUUUUGUUGGCUUAGUGUCUUUAUAAAGCUGCAAGAAGCAUCCACCGUAUACAGAAAAAGAUUUAUAUUUUCAGAUCAUUUAACUGAUUGUAUUGUACUUAUAAGCAGUUACAGUAUGUAGUUCACUGGAAAAUACUGUAAUGUAACCUUUACUGGUUUAGGUAAUUGCUGCUUUUAUAAAGUUUUUAUUUGUUUUA